GCCGGGCGGCGCCGGGGUCUGGACGCGCGUGGAGCCCCGGAGCCCCAGCCCCGCGCGAGCCAGCAGGAGAAGAGUUGGCAGCGAGUGAGCCUGAGACGAAGGCUGCGGGUGAUUGGAAGUGCGGUGUCUGCUUCCAGAGUGCAGGUCCUUGACCUGUCCUGCACAUGGUUUCCCACAUAUUCAAAGAAAACCUUCCUGAGCAGGGAUAUAUGGCAGGCAACAGGAGCUAAGGAGCCAAGUGAGUAGCAUUGCCCACAUGUGCUUGAGAGAGAACAUCCAUCCAUUGCUACUGAACCUGAACCGCAGGCAUCUGGAUUAAAACAGAGGAUUUGACAUCUUGUCUGGGGCAAGGGAAUUCAUCCUAAAUAGCUGCCACCCCAGGUGUGAAUGAGCCCCAGGAGGACAUGCUGUUGCUGUUGCUGUUGGAAGAGCACCUGAUUUCCUUGUCAUUUGCAUUUGCAUGCACCCUGCUGUAAAAUGAACCAAGCAAGAACUUGUCAGAUCCUUGCUCCCGUGCUGUGGUGAGCACUCCGCAGCCAUUGCUCCACUGUUGUUUUCUUAUGUCCUGUCCUUCUGCUAGCCAAGACAAACAGCUCGGUCUCUAGGAGGUAGCCAUCCCUAGGCUCCACAUGGCCAGCCUGAACAUGAACACAGGCAAAGCUGAUGACAGCCGGGGAUCCCAAGAGACAAGGGGCCCUGUGGGGUCCAGCCCCCAGAAGCGAGACCUCCCAUGAUGCUGGUGGCCGAGAGUGAGCGCCAUGCCCAUCACCCAGGACAAUGCCGUGCUGCACCUGCCCCUCCUCUACCAGUGGCUCCAGAACAGCCUCCGGGAGGGCGGGGAUGGGCCGGAGCAGCGGCUCUGCCAGGCAGCCAUCCAGAAGCUCCAGGAAUAUAUCCAGCUGAAUUUGGCGGUGGAUGACUGUGCAGUCCCACUCGACCACAGCCCCCCAGAAAUGGAGAUCUGUACUGUGUACCUCACCAAGCAGCUGGGAGACACAGAGACAGUAGGUCUCAGUUUUGGGAACAUUCCUGUUUUUGGAGACUAUGGAGAGAAACGCAGAGGGGGCAAGAAGAGGAAAACUCACCCGGGCCCAGUGCUGGAUGUGGGCUGCAUCUGGGUGACAGAGCUGAGGAAGAACAGCCCAGCAGGGAAGAGCGGGAAGGUCCGGCUCCGGGACGAGAUCCUCUCCCUCAAUGGGCAGCUGAUGGUCGGAGUCGAUGUUAGUGGUGCCAGUUACCUGGCUGAGCAGUGCUGGAAUGGCGGCUUCAUCUACCUGAUCAUGCUGCGGCGCUUCAAGCACAAAGCCCAUCCGACUUACAAUGGCCACAGUAGCAACAGCUCGGAACCAGGAGACACACCUACCUUGGAGCUGGGUGACCAAACUUCAAAAAAGGGGAAAAGAACAAGGAAGUUUGGAGUCAUUUCCAGACCUCCUGGCAACAAGGGCCCAGAAGAAUCUAAGAGCAGCGCUGGCGGUGACUUGGCCGAUGAGCCCAGCUCUGAGCAGGAGAAAUGUACGGACCCUGAACUGGGAAAUGGGCAUAGCUUGGAGCUGGAAAAUGGCCCACAUUCUCUCAAGGAGGUGACUGGGCCCCAUGUAGAAAAGACUGAGGGGGACAGAGGAGCUGAGAAUAGAGUUCCAAAGACAGAUGCACCUCUGGCCACCAACAAUGACAAACGCCGCUUCUCAAAGGCUGGCAAGACGGACUGCCAAUCAAGUGACUGCCUGGCACGGGAGGAAGUUGGCCGGAUAUGGAAGAUGGAGCUGCUCAAAGAGUCAGAUGGGCUGGGAAUUCAGGUUAGUGGAGGCCGAGGAUCAAAGCGCUCACCUCACGCUAUCGUUGUCACCCAAGUGAAGGAAGGAGGUGCCGCUCACAGGGAUGGCAGACUGUCCCUAGGAGAUGAGCUGCUCGUAAUCAAUGGUCACUUAUUGGUUGGCCUCUCCCAUGAGGAAGCUGUGGCCAUUCUCCGCUCAGCCACUGGCAUGGUGCAGCUGGUGGUAGCCAGCAAGGAGACCUCUGCGGAGGACCUUCUCAGGUUAACGUCUAAGAGCUUGCCCGAUCUUACCAGCUCGGUAGAGGAUGUAUCCUCCUGGACUGACAAUGAAGACCAGGAUCCGGAUGGAGAAGAGGAAGAAGGGACGGGUUCAUCUUCCAUCCGGGGAACAAUACCUGGGAUGGAGGAACCCCAGGAAGAGUCCAAGGAGAGCUCUGAAAGCCCCAAACAGAACAACAGUAAGGUGAAGCUCAAGAGUCGUCUUUCAGGAGGCUUCCACCGCCUAGAGUCUGUUGAAGAAUACAAUGAGCUGAUGGUACGCAAUGGGGACCCUCGGGCCAGGAUGCUGGAGGUCUCCCGAGAUGGCCGAAAGCACUCCCUUCCCCAGCUGCUGGACUCGUCUAGCUCCUCACAGGAAUACCACAUCGUGAAGAAGUCCACCCGUUCCCUGAGCACCACUCACGUGGAAUCUCCAUGGAGACUCAUCCGGCCAUCUGUCAUUUCCAUCAUCGGGCUGUACAAAGAGAAAGGCAAGGGCCUUGGCUUUAGCAUUGCUGGAGGUCGAGACUGCAUUCGAGGCCAGAUGGGGAUUUUUGUCAAGACCAUUUUCCCAAAUGGAUCGGCUGCAGAGGACGGAAGACUUAAAGAAGGUGAUGAAAUCCUAGAUGUAAAUGGAAUACCAAUAAAAGGCCUGACAUUCCAAGAAGCCAUUCACACCUUUAAGCAAAUCCGGAGUGGGUUGUUUGUCCUAACAGUGCGCACAAAAUUGUUGAGCCCCAGCCUGACGCCGUGCUCCACCCCGACACACAUGAGCAGAUCAAGCUCCCCAAACUUCAACAGCAGUGGGGGGACACCAGCAGCAGGCUCUGAUGAAGGUGGUUCGUCAUCCUUGGGUCGGAAGGCUCCUGGGCCCAAGGACAGGAUUGUCAUGGAAGUCACACUCAAUAAAGAGCCAAGAGUUGGAUUAGGCAUUGGUGCCUGCUGCCUGGCCUUCGAAAACAGCCCUCCAGGCAUCUACAUCCAUAGCCUUGCCCCUGGAUCGGUGGCCAAGAUGGAGAGCAACCUGAGCCGUGGAGACCAAAUCCUGGAAGUGAACUCUGUCAACGUGCGCCACGCUGCGUUAAGCAAAGUGCACGCCAUCCUGAGCAAGUGCCCCCCAGGACCCGUUCGCCUGGUCAUCGGCCGACACCCGAACCCCAAGGUUUCCGAACAAGAAAUGGAUGAAGUGAUAGCACGGAGCACGUCUCAGGAGAACAAAGAAGCCAGUUCUUCUCCUAGCUUAGGUACUCCCUUGAAGAGUCCCUCUCUUGCCAAAAAGGACUCCCUCAUCUCUGAAUCGGAGCUCUCCCAGUACUUCACCCAUGAUGCCCAGGGUCACUUGACGGAUUUCCUGGUUGCUGGUUCGGAGGACGAGGACCACUCCGGAAGUGGCUGCAGCCCAGCAGAGGAAACUAGGCUGCUUGGUGGCCACCGAGGGUCAUGGGCUCCGCCCUGCACUCCCAAGGAGCCAGGAAAAGCCAGAGCUAACAGCCUUGUUGCUCUUGGAAGCCAGCGAGCCUCUGGACUCUUCCACAAGCAGGUGACGGUUGCCAGGCAAGCCAGCCUCCCUGGCAGCCCACAGGGCCUGAGGAACCCUCUCCUCCGUCAGAGACGGGUACGCUGCUAUGAUGCCAACGAUGCCAGUGAUGAGGACGAGUUGGAUGGAGAGGGAGACUGCAUUUCACUCCCAGGACCCCUCCCAGGUUCCAGCAGGCCCCUGGGAGAGGAUGACACGGGCCAUGUCUUGGUGAUCCCUUCCAAAGUCAUGGAUGUCAGCAAACGAGAAGAGCCCCACAAGGCACAGGUCAGCAAGGCCUGCUCGGUGCCACUUCUUGGCAGCACGCUGGACCUGGAGGAGCGUGGCUCAGAGGGAAGGACCGAAGCUUCUCCCGGGGCCACCAGCUUGCUGGGCUCCGCAGGGGCCUCCAAGAAUAGAGGCACUGGAAAAAAGGAACUGUCAGGAUCAAGGAGUUCACCCAAACUGGAAUACAAAGUCUAUCCAGCAAGCCCAGAGAACCCCACUUCCCCCCAGUCCAAGAAUGAAAACCUGGUGUCCAAGCACAAACCUGUGGCCAGGGUCAGUCCACACUGCAAGAGGCCUGAGGCCGAGCCCAGGCCCAGUGGCUCAGACACCGGCAGGGCCAGGGGACCAUGUGGUCAGGACUUGAAAGUCCAGAACGUCAACAGUCUUCAGCUAGGUGGAAUGGUGGAGAAGGGAACUCUGGGAAAGCUGACUCUUGGGGAUGGGCGUGUCUCCACCAGCUGUGGACCAGCCAGUUCUCCAUCCCACCAGGAGCCUGGACACCUCUCGGAGAACCUGCCAGGAACUGCAACAGAGCAGGAGCAACACCAUGCAUCUAGACAGGACGGCCAGCCAGAGCGCCUCCCUUCCCCAGGGAAGAAAGCCACCGCCCAUGCUGAUGCCAGCCAGCCCUCCACAGGGCCAGCGCUAGUCCUCCCGCCCAGGAGGCCCAGCCAGCCGGCGCCACCCAGCGCCGGGGAGCCCCAGGAGAAGAAAGCACCCGAUUCUCCUGACUUUGGCAAGACUUGGGCUAGACCUCGAGCCAGCUCGCCCCACACCACCGGGGAGGCUGGGGACCCGGGCUGGGGCACCGAGGGAGCCAGUCCAGCCAGGGCCAUCGUGUCUCAGGACCCCCUCCCAUUCCAAGAGAGGAGGCAGGGAACUCCAGAGAGCCAUGGCAAGGCCCGGGACAAGCCAGGCGUUCGUGCUCCUAGAAGCUCCCAGGAGAUCGCGGUGCUGGAAGACGUGGGCGCCAUGCCUGCGAGGACCUCACAGGACAGGCCUUCCCCGUCACCAUCCCCAGACACGGCCAAAGACGAGUGUGGCGGCCUCUCCGCUCACUGCUGCCCACCCGGGUGCGGAGGAAGCCCGGUGACGGACAUGGACGGAUUCAUCCAGGAGGCAGAGUGUUCUCAGGAAGGACACUGGCCGGGGCUGGAGGCAAGCCCCCAGGCUGAGCCGGCCGCAGGAGGUGGGGGUGGCAGUUCCCAUCAGGCCGGGGCUGCCCCCAGUGACCCCCCGCCCGCACAGUGGACCUCCCAGCCUUCCAUCUUGGAUUCCAUUCAUCCAGACAGACAUUUUGCUGUGAAUAAAACCUCUCUGAGCAACUACUCCAGGAACCUGAGCGGUUUUCAGGAAGCCAGCGCCGCCCCGUUGGGUGUGGACGGCAGCACAGAGCCGUCCGUCUCCUCCAUGUACGGCAAUGCCGACGACUCCUCUUCCGAGCCCGAGUCUCUUGCUGAAGCCCCUCAAACCUCCGCCAGAAAGAGCUGCUCCCCUCCCCGUUCGCCCGGCUCUUCUCACAAGGACGAUACUACAGAGUCCGAGGAGGAGCACUUUGAAAUGUGCUCCUCCAGUGGUUGUCCCAACACACCUGCUGACGAGCCCGCCCAGCCUCCUGGCCAGGCUUUGCCCUGCCCGGCUCUAGCCAAAGUUCUGCCAUUAAAACACAACGCUCUGAGCGAAUCGGUGGAGAAGCCCUGCGAGACAGCCUGCUUCCUGCUGGGGGGCUCGAACCCCUCCCUCCCGGACGCUUUGCAGACAAUCUCAGUCCUCCAGCAGAGCUCGCUGGAGCCGGAAACCCACACAGACAGAAGCGGCUCACAGAAGCUCAGGACCUCGUGCACAGCAGAAGCAGUGGCUCUUCGUAGCGUUGGCUCCGCUGGGGUAAACAGCCAGUGUUCAGGCAUCACCAAAUUUCACUAUAACCCACCAGUCACCCUCAGCAACCCCGCCAUGGUGAACGGUUUGGGGCAGGAGCCACUAGAAGAUGAGGCCCCAAAGAAACGAGAAACAAGUGCCAGCCUAAGUGGCACUGUGUGUGCCUUCCGUGCGGAUGUCCCUAAGGAUGGAGAGUCCACCGUGGCCAACCUACACAUCUCAGAAAGUCAGGCCCUGGGGGACUUGCUACAGAAACCAAAAAUGAUCUCCAAGAGGCCUAUCAUGGCCUGGUUUAAAGAAAUAAAUAAAAAUAGCCAAGGUACACAUUUGCAGAACAAAACCGAGAAGGAGCCCACCUCAGUGCCAGCCAAAAGUCCUGACUCCAAAAUUCAGAUAUGGAGUUCCAGCCACAAAAAGGGGGUGACUGUACCCAACAGCCCUCCUCUGCUGAAAAUGAACCUAGAAAAUAAAGACACCUCCAAAAAGAGCUCAGUGGAAACAACUGUAAGUAAUGGUCAGAAACCCAAGUGUGGCCCUAAGCUGAGGAGACUGAGCAUUAAAAGCAAAAGUAAAGUUGGCUCCGAGGUGCCAGCUACCAAUUCUGCGAAGGUCAGUGGGACAGACCACAGGAAAUCCCUGAUGUCACCCCAGACUUCCCACAAAACGCUCGCCAAGGCAAUAGCCCACCAGUGCCAUGGAGCUGACCACGAGGAACCUGACAACAGCCCCGUGGACGCCCCUACAUCUCCCCAGAGCGUGCCAGAUAGCAAGCCGCCCCCCGCAGCCUCCGGGUCAUUGAAGGCCUCCUUGUCAGAUACCAGCAUCAGAGCGCCCACUUCGCCCCUGACCCCCCCCAAGCCUUUGCCUGCACACGGUUCGUGUAGUAGGUUCCACAUGGCUGUCCACUCAGAAUCCAACCGAGGCGGCCCGCCAGCUCCCAAGUCCCCCAGGUGUGGGCCAGAGGGCAGAGCACGCCGAGCUGACUCUGGGCCAGUGAGCCCCGCCGCAUUGAGGCACAGUGUGGCCCACGAGCCGUGCACACCCAACCGAGCAGACUCCAUUCCAGGAGAACCCCAGCCGAGAGGGGCCAGGGAUAGAGAAAGCAAAGAAAUUGCUAGCGAGCCCUCCGAAAGAACAAACCAGCUCAAAAUCGUGGAGAUCUCUUCUGAAAGGAUGCCAAAGAACACACACGGUGACAAGCCAGCUGCAAGUGGCAGGCAGGGAGGGCUUGUGACCCAGAGCAACUGUCAGGAGAAGCGGGGGAUGAGAUCCCACCCAUGCGUGGAGUCACUGUCCCCCAGUUAUCCAUCCGCCCUCAUGCCUCAGGCCGCCCAGGUGCAGCAGGAUAUGCGACGGUCCAUCAGCAUGGCCAAGCUCACCUCCUCCCCACAACUUCCUGCUAAAAAGGCAGAAUCCACCCAAAGGAGUUCAGGCCAGCUCCCAGAGUCCCUCGGGACACCCAAGAAUGGCCCGGCGACGGGUCCCGAUGGAGAGGAAUUUCCCUACUUUGCCCCAAGGCCAGCCACCAGGACGUACUCCAUGCCAGCCCAGUUCUCCAGCCACUUUGGCCGGGAGAGCCCUUCCGCCCACAGCCCCCGGCACUCCCCGCAGGACAGCCCGGUCUCCGCGUGCAGCGGUGGUCUCCCAGAAACAAAGGCACCCAAAGGCUCUACUCUGGGCCUGGCUAACGGGCAGGGCGUCUACAGUGCGAAGCUUCUACAGGACACGAGGAACCUUCCAGCCACGGACCCGGGGCACGUCACCCCAGUCACGGACAAAAUCAAAGUCACCAGGCGCCAUUACUACUAUGAGCAGAACUGGCCCCACGAAUCUACCUCAUUUUUCUCUGUGAAGCAGAGGAUCAAGUCUUUUGAGAACUUGGCCAAUUCCGAUCGGCCCAUAGCCAAAUCUGGGGCAUCCUCAUUCCUAUCCGUCAGCUCCAAGCCUCCCAUUAGCAGACGGUCAUCCGGCAGUAUGGCCUCGGGGAGCCCGGGCCACCCCGGUGACACAGCAGCAAGGUCACUGAGGCGCAGCUUGAGUUCCUGCAGUGAAACCCAAAGUGAAGCCAGCACCCUCGUCCUACCAAUGACCAAGUCCCCAUCCAGCAUGACACUGGUCAUCCCGAGGCCGAGCCUGCCCGAGACCAGUCACAAGGGCCCCGAUUCCGACUCCAAGAAACCACACGUUCCUUCAGGAAUCCCCCCUCCAGCCGUGACCCCCGCCUCUCCCGCCAAGAGGAACAAGUCCUCAGUGCGCCACGCCCAGCCCUCGCCCGUGUCCCGCUCCAAGCUGCAGGAACUGCGAGCCCUAAGCAUGCCCGACCUGGACAAGCUCUGCAGUGGCGAGGACUACCCCACAGGGCCCACUGCCGUGCUCUUCCGGACCCAGCUGGAGAUCGUCCCCAGGAGGGCGCUGGGCUCCAAGGCCAGCUCGCCUCCUGGAGGCCUGGCAGGCCUCAGUGCAUCAGCGACCACCACCUGCCCAGCAAGGAGCUGCCCACCUCCCGGUGAGCCCACAGCGCCCCCCGUGGCCAGUGAGGGAAGGGACGCCAGCCAGGACCUGCCUUGCGGAACAAGCUGGUCCCUUAGUUUGGAUCAACUUCUCACCUCCGAGAGGGAGCAGCAGAGGUUGCAGGCGGUUUUAUCGAUGGUGGGGUCCAGAUCUACCAUCCUAAAUCUCAUUCAGGAAGCGAAAGCACAAUCAGAGAACCAAGAAGAUAUUUUCUUCAUAGUCUUGAAUAAAAAAGAAGGCUCAGGACUGGGGUUCACUGUGGCCGGAGGGACGGAUGUGGAGCCGAAACCAAUCAUGGUCCAUAGGAUGUAUUCCCAGGGGGCGGCUUCUCAGGAAGGGACUGUGAACCCAGGAGAUUACCUUCUCUCCAUCAAUGGCUCCUGUCUGGCUGGCUUAGUCCAGGAAGAUGUCAUGAAGGCUCUGCAUGAGGCCCAGCUGCACAACCGCGCCCUCAUGGUCAUCAGGAAGGGGACGGAGCAGCCCAGGCCCGCCCCCAAGCAGGAGCCAGCUCUGGCCAAUGGGAAGGGUGUGCUGCCCAGAAAGCCCACAGCGCUGGAGCCAGGGAAUGGGAGAAGCGGAGCGGCCCGCGAUGCUCUGUGCGUGGAGAUGCUGAAGACGUCCGCUGGGCUGGGAUUGAGUCUGGAUGGAGGAAAGUCAUCUGUGUCUGGAGAUGGGCCCCUGGUCAUUAAAAGGGUGUACAAAGGCGGCGCAGCGGAGCGAACGGGAACAAUAGAAGCUGGAGAUGAAAUCCUUGCUAUUAACGGGAAACCCCUUGUUGGGCUCCUGCACUUCGACGCCUGGAAUAUCAUGAAGUCGGUUCCAGAAGGCCCUGUGCAGUUAGUAAUUAGGAAGCACAGGAACUCCUCGUGAAUUUCACCCAGCAUCUCCUUUCCUCAGUUCUUGUCUUCUAACAAAUCAGAAUGACUUCAAGUGAUAGGUUCUUGAAACAACAGACAGUGGUAUAGAGGACUCUAUGUAAAAAUCUUCACCUGUACGCACACCUGAAGCCUAACCUAUUGUGUCUCGGCGGCAUUGAGGCUGGGGACCUCCACCUGGACAUCCCAGUUGGUGGUCAGUCUGCUCCAGUGCCUGCCCCUUAUAACUACAGUGGGGACACAAGAGGUGACAUUGAACUUCAUCUAAAACACCUAACUACACAUCUUCCUAUCCCUCUUGGCACCUCUCCCAACAUACAGUACUUGAGGAGUAGGAAAUGGAGGGGUGACAGAAUGUCUCAGUUUAAAGACUAUCUAGUUUUAUAUAGUUUUAUAACUAAAUGACACAAUGCCUUUAGGCAUUCAAUGGAAGAAGAGAGCUGUAGGUCUAUAUAUGUUACCCUGAAAAGAAAAUGAGACUUUAAAAUAAAAUUUAUGUCCUAAUUAUUAGGCUGAGCUCAGGAAUUAUCCCAAAAAUAAAAAAGCAAAAUUCAGAAAGUAUUUUUUAAUGAGUAUAAUGUAUAGAUGCAGAGUUCAACUCAACCUAAGAAAUAUUGAUCAUUUUCUACUUCUAUAAGUUUAAGUCAUCAGGGUGUUUUACAGAACAACCAUUCAAUCAACCAUAUUAAAUAGCUGUGGGCUUUGCUGCUUGGCCGGAGUAGACAUUCCCUAUCUGAAAGCACCUUGCAUCUACUUUCAAACUUGUCUCGAGUAAAUGAUUAAAUUCCAGACCGAUCAACAAAGAACAGGCAAAACUAGCAAAUCAAUGGGUUUCACAUUUCUACAUGCCCUCCACUCCAGCUACAAAAUAUUUUAGAAAUUGAGUACCUUCUUAGUGUCCUUGGAUUUGUCAACAUAGUCCAGAGUGGGGCACUUAAAGGAAUCCUCUGGAAGAGAUUUUUGUUGGUUGGGUGGGUUCCCCCAUCUACCAACACACUGAUGAAAUGUAGCAUUUCUAAGCAGUGGGUCUUUGAUCCUGGUAAAUGGCAGAGCUCUACAGUGAUUGAAGUUCUUGCUGUUUGGGUUUUCCUGAUUUGCAAACUUUUCCUUUUGCCAAAAAUGCCAUCCUAUGUAAGACAAUUGUUAACGCAUGCUGCUUGUGCAAGUCCCUCAGCUGCCAUGCACUUCUGCAAAGCAUUCCCAUCCGACAUGCCUUCCCUUGUCACCAAGUUGGCUUUUCUGCUCUCGUACUGUAUUUUUCUUUUCUCAAAUUCCAAAGCCCCCAUCAGCUUCUUUUACCAAAAUGUCACCAGGAGGAAAAUGGAAAAACAGGGUGAGAAACUGUCGAGGUGGAUGACUGGGUUGUACUGAACCCACAUCCUCAGGCAGUGCGGUGCAGCCCGUCGAGUCCUGGAAACACGGACAGAGACUGCAUUUGUCAUACUUGCGUGCAUGACAAUAAGAUGUUAUGUUGGCAACUUCUUUAAAUAACCUACAGCUGAGCUCAUGGAGGUAGGUGCUCAAGCUGUUGCCUUUGUCAUUUUUUCUGAGCAAUCCCACUAGCCACCAGUAGUCAGCUCCCUCAGAUGGGAAUCAAUAUCUGGCUCAUUCUCAAGAGAUUAUACAAAGGAAAACAUAGUACAGGGGUUAGCUAGAAAAAUCUGAUUUAGCUUCUACUUUUCAUUGCAGUUAGGAUAGUGUAAGAAGUCUGUGCAAGGUGCAUGCUACAUUUUUUUUUAAAGUCUCUGGGGACAGUGUCAUGGUUUCUGCUUCUUGCCUAUGUGACAAUAGACUACUUCGAGUCAACACUGAAAACUAUUUUUUUCCCUCCAUUCUUCAAAGCUAUGCCUGUUAAGAAAUACACAGUCUUUUGUAGGGAGAGAGCAACGAAAUGGUUCCUUUCUGAUAGUCCUUAAUCUUCAUGUCAAGAGCCCAAGGGUGGGCAUCUGGCUAACCACACUAUCUUAAAGUUGUCAGCCAUUUCUACUAGAUCUUGCCAGAAGGAUUCCAUGGCCAACAGUAGGAAGUGAAGGAAGAAGCAAAAGCGAAACUGUCUGACUCUGAGAUAGAAAGCUAUUUAUUUGUCUUCAGUGUUCACAGCAUGACUAGUAUUUCUAAUUAGUCUAAUAAAUGCCCACACUUCUUGACUUGAACACUAAUGGUAUUGUCCUACGAAAAUUUUGUUUCGUUUUUUAAAACUAGUCAGUCAUUCACAGUGAAGCUAUGAGAGUAAAUAUGUGUUAUAACAUGUACAUCGUAGUUGCAAGAAAAUACCGUGAAGACUGAAGUAGACUGGGUUCCCUUUCCAUCCUCACACAUCUCAUUGAGUUGUACGGUUGACUUAAUUGGCACCACAUCUGUUGUACAAUAUUAUACAUUAUCCUUUAUUUAUGUAAAAUAAAAUGCCUUAUAUAUUAAAGAGUAAGUGCAAUAAUGAAAUAGUCUGUACAUUUUUAAGAGGUUGUUGCCAAGUUAUAUAAAUCCACAUCUCUGUAAACAAUUUUUUAAGUAAUUUUAAAAAAUAAACGCUCCUUACUACUUGGCUUUUUUCACUCUUCUGUAUUUUUGGAGUAAUAUCAAGGU